AUGAAAACGAAAAAACAAGUAAUACUGACCGAACAACAAGGGCUAGGUGUUGCAUUAUGGUUAUGUCCAAAACCCAAUUCCGCACUCUAUGAUAAAUUGAGUACGUUACUGAGUUCUGUUAGCACUUUGUUCCCAGGCCUGCCGCCUAAAUUUGAACCACACAUCACCAUAACAACCAAUAUCCAAGUGGAUUUGGAUGAUCCCUCAAAGGCAAAAGACGAUGUAGAUAGAAUUUUAUCUGCAAGUGCGAUAGCUUUGCGAUCUUUACCUAAAAAUCAUUCAAAUCUAGUAAAAUUGGGCAAGAUCAAUAGCCAGAGAAAGUUUUUUCAAAAACUAUAUUUUGAAGUGGAACUGGAUCCAAAUUUGAUUUCGUUUGCCAGAAUAAUGAGGGAGAUUUUUGUGAUAACUCCCGAGGAUAUUGAAGCCGAAAAUAGAAAAUGUAAUCCGCACCUAUAUACAACCGAUAGUCAUGGCAACACUGUAAAGAGGAAACCACUGAAAAAAAAGGUUACUAGUAGUUGGAAUGGCGGCCAAGUAGAAAAUCAACAAACUAAGCAGUUUGACACGGAGGAGAUUCGUAGAAGAGCAUCUUACAAAGCCGCCGAGUGGGCGGAACUGGAAUACCACCCACAUCUAUCGUUGGUCUACAGCAAUCUUUGGCCUAUAGAUAACGCUCUAUGGAGAACGAUAAAGACGCGAAUCACAGACUAUCUCGGGGUAGAAGAUGUCGAUGCUGAAGGAAUGCAAGAUAUGGGUUAUGGCUGGGAUGGAGGAGUGCUAAAGUUGGUGCUUUGUGAGGGAGAAGUUUACGAGUGGAUUGUACUAGGCAGUGUCGAUAUACACUAA